UGGUUGUGGGCGUUUCUCUGUUUCCAUGUCUUCCCUCCCUCUCCCUGUUCACCUGACAGCUGACCGGCAGACAGUCUGAGCAUCACUCGGUGCGCCCAGGCAGGCAGGCAGACACACAGGCAGGCAGACAGACAGACAGGCAGACAGGCAGACGGGGACGCAUGAAACCCAGCAGUCCGCCUGGUACGGUGCUCUGUCCGGGGACGAAGGCUCUGUGCUCUGCGGCGGCGCGGCUCGCUCUGGAGGCUUUUCCCCUCCGCGUCUGACAAGCGACCAUGAGCGGAAGGGUUGGCGACCUCAGCCCCAAGCAGGCUGAGGUGCUGCAGCAGUUUCGAGAGAGGGUACAAGACAUUCUCCCUCAGCUUCCUGCCCAGGAUGACCACUUCCUGUUACGAUGGCUCAGAGCCAGAAACUUCAACAUCCAGAAGUCGGAGGCCAUGCUGCGAAAGCAUGUGGAGUUCAGGAAACACAUGAAAGUAGACACAAUAAUCACAGACUGGCGCCCACCAGAGGUGAUAGAGAAGUAUCUGUCGGGGGGGAUGUGCGGCUACGACCGCGAGGGCAGCCCCGUCUGGUACGACGUCAUCGGCCCCGUGGAUCCCAAAGGCCUCUUCCUCUCCGCCACCAAGCAAGACUUCAUCAAGUCCAAGAUCAGAGACUGUGAGAUGCUGCAGAAGGAGUGCAGCCUGCAGUCCCAGAGGCUGGGGAGGAAUGUGGAGUCGAUCACUAUGAUCUAUGACGUCGAAGGUCUGGGACUCAAACACUUGUGGAAGCCUGCGAUUGAGACCUAUGGGGAGAUCCUCCAGAUGUUUGAAGACAACUACCCAGAGGGACUGAAAAGACUGUUUGUCAUUAAAGCCCCUAAACUCUUUCCUGUGGCCUACAACCUUGUCAAGCACUUUCUCAGUGAGAUUACACGCGACAAGAUCUUCGUCCUGGGAGACAACUGGCAGGAAGUAUUACUGAAGUACAUCGACGAGGAGGAGCUGCCUGCGAUAUAUGGAGGCAAGCUGACUGAUCCUGAUGGAGACCCCCGCUGUCGGACCAUGAUAAACCAUGUAGGCCCAGUUCCCAGCUCCUACUACGUCCGGGAUCACGUCACGGUGGAGUACGAGCAGUGUCUGACAGUUGGUCGAGGUUCCUCCCAGCAGCUGGAGUACGAGAUCCUGUUCCCCGGCUGCGUCCUCAGGUGGCAGUUCGCCAGCGACGGGGCAGACAUUGGCUUUGGGGUGUUUCUCAAGGGUAAGAUGGGUGAAUGGCAGAAGGCGUCUCAGAUGCAGGAGGUUCUGCGCAGCGAGCGCUACAACGCCCACCUGGUGCCCGAGGACGGCUCACUGACCUGCGAACGCCCAGGAGUGUACGUGCUGCGGUUCGACAACACCUACAGCAUCUUCCAGGCCAAACGGAUCAGCUUCACCGUGGAGGUGCUGCUGCCCGGCCAGAUGCGGUCCCCACGGUCCCCCCCCAACGGCAUGACCAGCCACCAGCUACAAGUGGGAACCAACGGCCAUUAGCUCGGCUCACGGCAAGGACGGAGGCUCGGCUCGGCACAGCGUGAGAGAGCUGAUGUGAAAAUCAUCUGCUACUGUGGACGUUUACUGUGGACCCCGAGCCUCCAACACGUGUCCUCCAUUUGGAGCAAAAAAUAAAGUGUUUGCUCUGUGCCGAUCUGAAUGUUUGAUGUCCCUUUGAUCACCCCAUCUCUCUCUCUCUCUCUCUCUCUCUCUCUCUCUCUCUCUCUCUCUCUCUCUCUCUCUGUCUUCCUCCUCCUUUCUUUUAAGUUAUGAACUUUUACAUCGGUGGCUAGCUUUUCCUUGGCUUAGUUAUUUCUUUAAUUUAAUUUAAUUUGUUUUUCUAAAAUUAUUUCAUGGAAAUAAGAUUGAUCUCCAGUGCAAAAAAAAAAAGAAAUCUUAAAAUUUCAGAUUGCCUCACAGAAUAAUCUAUUUAUUUAACAUAAUAUGCAUUCAUGUUUAAAUUAAGAAUAUUCAGUAUUACAUACUAUUCAUGCUAAGUUAUAACCAGUGAUGGCCUCAGGAGAUAUGUUAAACCUGCCUGACAAUUAUUGAAUGUAAAUUGUGGGUGAUUGAGGAAGUUAAUCACAAUAUUUUUGUAUUUUAAUGGUUGGGUUAUUUUCUCAGAGAAAACGGUUUUGGUGACAUUCUCUGGAUCCUCAAGCAAAAACACUCGGUGGUCUUCUGCAGCAGGCCACACAUGCACAGAGUUUAUGUCUUUGUUUUUACUUUGUAGGCUUUUACUUGGAAGCUGUAACAGACUGUUUUCCCUCGCAGGACAAACGUCUUGUGCGGAAAAAUAUGCAAAAACCAAAAACAACCACCUCAUGCUCCCGGUACUUCUGGGCUGAGUGUGAUCAUCAGAAAAAAAAAUAUAAAUCUUAGCUUGAAAAAAA